AUCUGUCAUUUGUCAAUUAGUUGUCAAAAUUGGUCAAAGGUAGUGAAUCAACAGCUGGUUUAUUAUUUUAAAAUUAAAAUAUAUCGAUAAAUUCCAAAUAAUUAGAUAGACAUCACGUUACAAAUAAGUCAUGAUAGAUAUCUUUAGAUGUAGUUUUGUAUUUUACAAUGAAACAAAGGACGCGUCUGAUGCAUAGUGGGGAUGAUCUAGUUGCGCAUACGAUGGGAACGAACAAAAAGGACGACGAUGAUGGCCAAAGUGAAAUACAAUUGUACAGAAUAAAACCCCAGGAACAUUUUAUAGAGGCGCAAGUUCAAGAGGGAGAUACCCUACAAGCAAUCGCGCUAAGAUUUUAUUGCUCUAUUUCAGAAUUGAAAAGGAUUAAUCACAUUCACAAAGACAAUGAAAUAUUUGCCAGACGGACAAUCAAAGUGCCAGUUACACCUUAUUCAGUGUUGACUGAAUUAAUACCUGUAGCGCAGAACGAGCCAGUACCCUCCACAUCGAGUGAAAUACCUAAUUCGAUACACGAGCUCAUACACAAUGGCGUACCACAAACAAAUGUGUCACAAACACAAGACGAUCAUUGUGCUAUUGACUGCAAUGCGGUUGUUAUGAACAGCACAUUAACUCCAGCAGUAAUACCAUACACAGAUGCGGAACCCAUUGAACAAUUUACGGAAGAUACACAACUGCUGCCCAAAGAAAAGAUUCCUGUCGAGGCAGUUGUUGUAAAGGAGUUUACAUCACAUGGUGCAGAUUUUGGUUUAAAAUGGUUUCAUUUACUUGGCCUAGUAGUGAUUCUGGGGAUUAUAGUGCCCAUAUUGUAUAUAAUGUUGAAGAUAGACAAGGCGCCGCACCCAGACGACCUGCCUCCGCAUCCUGACGAUCUUCCGCCCCUGUUUAAACCUGACUGAACGAUACUCGAUCUGCCGCAAGAGCUUUAUGUUGUGAUCAUUUAUAUCGAUAAUUUUUAUACAUUGUUAUAAGGAGACAAGAAUGUGAUUUUGGAAAUAAAUUAUAAAAAAAUUCGUA